GGCAGUCGUACUACUCAAUGCCUAACUUUUUGGUGUCCGAACAUAUGACAGGAGGAAGGACAGAAGUUGAUACAUGUCAAGCUGAUGGAGAAGCGGUCCGAGGGCAAUGAAGACCCUCCCGAAUCAUCAGACGCACCUUCUUCAAAAGGAUCUAUAUUCAAAGACAGGAACCCUCGGCGCAGGGGUGCAAGAACCACCACCACAGAGUCUCCGGUGCGGACGCGGACGCGCUACCAAACACGCAUAGAGACUGCACAACCUGCAGCAGUCCAGCCUAGCGCAAGUGUACCCAGUGCCCCAGCGUCUUUCUUGACUCCUGCUUCACCUUCACCGCCUGCCCCAGAUUUUCCUGGCGAGCCAUCUACCACAUCAUUCACUCCUCCCUUAUUCUACCCCUCAAGUCCAUCCACGGAUGGCCACGUGGACGAGGCAACCACAUCAGCUGACGACGCCCUUGGGUCUUCCUCUAAACCCAUUAAAGCUCGAACUCCUAGCGGAAAGGCAAAGGCAAAGGAGACGGAGAAGGCAAAGGCAAAGGCGAAAGGGAAGGAGAAGGGGAAGGGGAAAGGAACGGAGAAGGAGAAGAGAAUGGAAAAGGGAAAGGGCAAGGAGAGGGCAAGGUAAAUCACUUGCGCGACUCAGAACUGGAUUCGUCCUAGGACUGUAUAUGGAACGUGUAGAAUGCAUAGCUACCAAGAGACUCUACGAUCAGUGUGUUCCCUCGCGGGUUCAGUGAACAUUCACAUCUUGGUUGGCAGUUAUAGCGAGAGUAAGAGAGUAACGACAGCAGUGAGCUGAGUAUACACAAAACGUCUGUCCUCUGUCUGAGGUCGGUCAUGGAGACUUACGACGAAUGUCGAUGGAGAGAAAGCGUCAACGCAGCUCAGUAGUACGAAGUAUAGCUCAUGUCCCAGUACCACAUCGGCGUCGAGUCGAGCUCCAUCUCUUUCUGCAGGAACUCGAUAAUCAUCUUCUCGUGUGCCUCCCCGCGGCGCUGCAGUUCCCGCAUCGAGUGGUUCGAGUAGAGCGCGAGGAGCCCCUCGUAGUGUACCGAGAACGGCCGACGGUAGUACACCAGGAAGCCAGGCAUCCUCUCCAUGAACAGCCUGGCAAUUCGAACCCACGCGACUAUGGGGCUGGUGAUGGCUUCAUCGGGCGCCCACGAAGCCCGGAUGUUGCGCUUUGCCGCAUAAGCAAGGAGAUGCUCGUAAGUGAUACCGAGACCGAAGGAAAGGAGAGCGCCCGUGUGCGUGAUUUCUGCAUCGAGUUUGGCAGGAAGUUGUUGCAUAGGAGGAUAUUGUUUGAUCCAUUCUCUAAAUUCCUGUUGCUGGGCUAUGAGCGCGCGCCGAGUCAGGACUGACUUUCCGUCAGCAUUCUGCUCGACCUCCUCCGUGUAGGCCGAAAGGUCUUCCACUUCAAUGUCGGGGACGGAGGCUCGUGGUAUCAACAUCCUCGAG